CCUUUAAUAAAGCGGAAGUUGACAUUCAUGCCGCCGGUGACAGUUAUCAACGAUGGCACUUGAUGUAAAGUCCAGAGCCAAAAGAUAUGAGAAGCUGGAUUUUCUCGGAGAGGGUCAGUUUGCUACAGUGUACAAAGCCAGAGACAAAAAGACAGACACGAUAGUUGCCAUUAAAAAGAUUAAAGUUGGCCACAGAACUGAGGCGAAAGAUGGUAUCAACAGGACUGCACUGCGAGAGAUAAAAUUGCUGCAGGAGCUGCAUCAUCCAAAUAUUAUUGGGUUGCUAGAUGCAUUUGGACAUAAAUCUAACAUCAGCCUGGUGUUUGAUUUCAUGGAAACUGAUUUGGAGGUGAUCAUCAAAGACACCAGCCUAGUUCUGACGCCAGCCAAUAUCAAAGCUUACAUCCUCAUGACUCUGCAGGGAUUAGAGUACAUGCAUCAACACUGGGUCUUACACAGGGAUUUGAAGCCCAAUAAUCUUUUGCUUGACGGUUACGGAGUGUUGAAGUUGGCUGACUUCGGUUUGGCCAAAGCAUUUGGCAGUCCUAACAGAGUCUACACUCAUCAAGUUGUUACCAGGUGGUACCGCUCCCCUGAGCUUCUGUAUGGCGCCAGGAUGUAUGGAGUGGGUGUUGACAUGUGGGCAGUGGGAUGCAUCCUGGCAGAAUUGCUCCUGCGGACACCGUUUCUUGCUGGAGACUCGGAUCUUGACCAGCUCACCAAGAUCUUUGAGGCUCUUGGGACACCCACGGAAGACUCAUGGCCUGGAGUGGGCAGUCUACCAGACUAUGUGCCAUUCAAAAUAUUUCCUGGGACGCCUUUAGAGCACAUAUUUAGUGCAGCUGGAGAUGACUUGCUGGAGUUGCUCCAUGGGCUCUUUACAUUUAACCCCUCCACAAGGACUACAGCCACACAGGCUCUGAAGAUGAGGUACUUCAGCAAUCGACCUGGUCCUUCUCCUGGCGCCCAACUCCCCCGACCCAACUGCUCUGCCGAAGCUCUGCGAGAGAUGGAUACAGCUCGGCUCAAGAGGAAAACGGAAGGCCUGGAGACAACUUCCAUGAAAAAGAAGCUGAUGUUCUAACCAAAUGGGACCAGAUGUCCUCUUUCACGGCAAAGGUGCUGCUGUGUCCUUCAGUCCAGCUGGAGAUGUAAAUUAGCACCUGUGGUCAUUCGACACAGUUGUGAUGCCUGCCUGAAUGAUCUAUGGCAAUAACCUGCUCCAUUGUGGAUAAUUUAAGGGGCUGAAAAAGACAAAGACCACACAAGCAAGCCUCGUCUAUUUCUUGAUAUAUUAUUAGGACAUCCAGCCCCUGCAACCAUGGACACGUCUAUGAGGUGAAAGGUCACUUAUGUUGUAGUUGAUGCCACCAAUGUUUGGGGCAAUCAAGGGGUUCCACACCAAACUUAACCAGUGGGUCAGUGUCAGUCAUGCUGAAUUGUUGGCACAUAAUGAUGUAUUGAUAAAAUGAGGCAUCCAUCUGACCCAACUGUUACAGUGUGCCUCAAUACUUUUGUCCAUAUAGAGUAUGUGUCAGAUGUGUGCACUUGAGUCAUGUGACUUGACAAUAUCAUCAAAUACUUACAACUUGGACUUUGACAUCAAUUACUCAGACUUUAGUCUGAUGAUUUGAAAAUAAUUGGGUUUCAGUGAAUGUGUUGUGUAAAAUGUGUCUCCAUUCAAACAGAACUAUUCAAAAUGCAUUUACUGUAUUUGUCAAAUGUAUAGAUUGUUACAUUGUUAAAAUGUCAUUUUAUUUUGGAGACACUAAACAGUGCUUAUGACUUGUAAGGUUUCAAGCCUAUGACUUCAGACUGUAAUCAACCUGUCUCGUCUUGACUUGAGAUUACUUGGACUUGCACAUCUUCACUCUAGACUUGCAAAACUUGAUCCCACUUCUGGUAUGUAUGAUGAGUUUUGUAUUAAAAAACAAAAAAUCUUUCUGGAGUGAUUAUGCAUAAAAUAUGUACUGUAAGAUUAUCAGCCCAUGACAUGUGGUCCAUUGUGUAUUUGCAUGCGGGGGGUGUUAUGUCUCUCUUUUCAUCAACGCACAUACAGCUUGA